AUGUCCACACUCGAGUUGACACUUGAAGACUGGGAGACAAAUGAUACCUCAACACAAGAAUAUUCGCAGGAGGCCAAGGCAAAUGCCAAAUGGGAAUAUACUUGUACCACAGACUUUCGUGGCACAACAGUGUUCAGAUCCCUUCAAGACUUUCUCCAACCCGACACAGAAAAGACGCUUUGGGAAACCAUUGAAGCCAUCUCUACCAUCCUUCCCGACGCUCCUUUGUCCACAGAGGCCUACGUCGUGGGUGGCAUCUUCCUGGAAAUCGCAGAGCAGAUACCCUGGCAUCACCCGUCCCAAAUGAAACUUGCGCAGGUGGUGCAAGCCCUCACAACUUCCUCCAAGCUUUCCUAUAACUCUCAAACACGCCAACGAGGCGAGCGAUUCGGCAUCUCACUCUCUGAAGCAUAUGAAAUUGGACCAAAUCCAGACAAGCCGCUAGAAUGGCCGAACAAGAUGUCCUUCUAUGCACACCUCUCGGCACUUAGUUGCCUUCCCCAUGACCAUGGAUACGCUUUCAAUGCGUUGCGAGACGCCUUCCAGGUUCGCGAUGUUACGUGGGGACCUCAAUUCGAGGGCGAGCAGGAUCAGCAUGUACUUGCCGCAGCUCAAUUCAUUUUGUGGGAUGGCCUCGAAACCUUUAAGCAGAUCCGUGCUGGGGAUACUGGAGCUGGGGAAUUAUCAUUGAAAGGAUGGAAGUUUUAUCAAAAGGGAUUUGAGGAUGUGGAAAACAGCGAUUUGGGUGAAGAGUGCAAGAAAGUGGCCAAAAAGGCGGCAAAUCUCAUGGCCACGAUUGAGGAGAGCUUGACCUUUUGA